CAACUCCUGCGCCCCCUGGCGACCCAGCCCUGCAACUGCUCAGUGUUAUCUAAUAGUCGCUCCCAGGCAGCAGCGGUGUGAUGACAUGGUGGUGAGGCGGGGCGGCACGCUGCUACUCCGGAGCUGGCUUCAGUUAUUGGUAGUGUUACCGUCUGCAGCCGCACCGGUAAACUGCAGGGCUCGCACUGACAGCAGCCCCCUCCGAGGUACCAGGCAGCGUAGUGACCUGAGCUCUGUGCACCGGAGCACAGCCGAGGAGGAGCAGGCGGGUGUCCGCAGCAGAGCGAUGGCAGAAGGGAGUCAGGUGACCGAAGAGGGGAUAGAAGCGGACAGAUUACUGAAGACACUGGAAGUAGAUGAAACAAAUGAAGAAUGCUCAAUGUCCAGCAACCAAUACCCAAAGGAGAUGGUGCGAAAACGCCAGAACUCGGCCCACAGCUCCAGGAGUAGUGACUCCUCACGAUCUUCAAGAAAGAGCUUCAAGUUGGAUGCCCGAUUAGAGGAGGAUGUGACCAAGUCAAUUAGGGACAAAAAUGGUAGAUUCGUCAACCCUUGGCCCACAUGGAAAAAACCUGGCUAUCGGGAAAUUAUGAAAUGGGUGAUCACUGAGAAAAAUAAUAGCAGUGUUCCUAGCUCAAAAGAGGAACUUGAUAAACAUCUCCCAGUGAUUGAACCCUAUUUCGUGAAGCACCCAGAGUUUGCUGGCAAAACAGAAAAUGGGAUACGGGUCACUUGGUUGGGGCAUGCAUCAGUCAUGGUGGAAAUGGAUGACUUGAUAUUUCUUACAGAUCCUGUCUUCAGCCAAAGAGCCUCCCCUGUUGGCUUUGCAGGUCCAAAGCGGUAUCGUGGACCUCCAUGCACUAUAGAGCAGCUUCCCAAAAUAGAUGCUGUUGUGAUCAGUCACAAUCACUAUGAUCACCUUGAUUACAGCACUGUAUUGGGCCUGAAUGAACGGUUUGGUACUGAGUUAAGGUGGUUUGUUCCCAUGGGUCUUUUGAACUGGAUGCAGGGCUCUGGUUGUGAAAAUGUGAUUGAAUUGGACUGGUGGGAGCAAAACUGUGUUCCUGGACAUGAUGAGGUGACCUUUGUGUUUACUCCUUGUCAGCACUGGUGCAAGAGGACGCCCAAUGAUGACAACAAAGUGCUGUGGGGAAGCUGGGCUGUUCUUGGACCAUCAAAUAGGUUUUAUUUUGCAGGAGAUACUGGUUAUUGCGGGGCUUUUGAACAGAUUGGAAAGCGAUUUGGACCUUUUGACUUAGCUGCAAUUCCGAUUGGAGCCUAUGAACCAAGGUGGUUUAUGAAAAGUCAGCACGUGGACCCUGAAGAAGCAGUCCGAAUCCAUGCAGAUGUCCGUGCCAAGAGAUCUGUUGGGAUUCACUGGGGAACAUUUGCUUUAGCAAAUGAACACUACCUGGAUCCCCCAAUAAAAUUGAAUGAAGCCCUUGAACGAUAUGGACUCACCCCAGACGAUUUCUCAGUCAUGAAGCAUGGAGAGUCCAGACUCUUGAACACCUACAGUGAUGACCCACCUGAAGGAUGAUUGUAGUAGUUCACUACUUUUUCACUCCAAUUCUCAAGUAACCCUAAAGUUAGGUACAGUGUCAGAUUUUUGGGGGGUUCAUCCCACCAAUUUGGGCACUUUUUCACCAAAUUUAAGCUUCCAAUAUCUGAACUACACACAAAGCAUUUUUAAUCACUUAACCUAUUUUCUGUCACACCACACUGAAUUUACAUGUGUUCACCCACAAUGAAGAUUACAUCAUAGAAAAAUGUGGGAAAUAUGGUCAGAUUAUUGACAAUGCUCACACACUUCAGGAUAUCAGGAGAUUGUGGCUGAGAUUGUCGCUCCUGACCAAUCAAGCUAAUUAUUGAACGGUCAUGUUUGUGGGCAAAAUUUUCCUGAUUUAUUGGUGAGAUGUCAAAACAAUCAUUUGUAAACACUAUACGAGAAAUAAGGCCUAUGCCCCAAUUGUUAGGAAAAAAUAUUGUAUGGUGUGUACUGUAAUGACACAAGUCAUGUUUUACGGACUUCUGUCUGUGGAAAUUAGUAUGAUAAUUAAUGACCUAGUGAAUAGAUUAAUUCCCCUGUGCAUGAUUAAAUAAAUACAGAACAGAUGACAUGUUGGGGGUAUUUGAGGAUUGGAGUUGAGAACCACUGUCGUAGUUGGUGGAAUCACCUGUACUCAGAUUGGGUUGCAGUGUUUCAUAAUGAGAACUGCUUUUUGAACUUUCACUGACCUACACCAAAGUGUAUUUAAACUUUUACCUUGAAAUUAAUCCAUCUAUUGUGUUGCAAACUAUACUUGAAUAAUAACACCAGUUUUUUGUUGUUUUUUUUGACCUGGAGACAUUUAAACAAACUAAUCGAAGUCUUCCAAGAUUGUAAGUUUGGACAAGCAUAUUGGUUAUAAUGUGCACCUUGCCUGCAAACUGGUACAUUUUAAUGUUGUGCCUUUUCAUAGAAUGCAGUAAAAACCGCAAAAACAAACAGUAAAACGGAAUGUUA